UUUUGUUGAAUUGAUUCUGGUGGCUGUUGUGUUUGCAUGCUGGGCGCUGAUCGCAAGUUCGGUCUCAGUGAGCUGCAGUCGCUUGCUGGAGCACUCAAGGCGCUGAGUGGCGGCGGUGCUGCUGCUGCUUCGGGGCUCCAACUCCCUGCAUUCCGCGAGCUGCUCAUCCAAGUCACUCUGGCGCUCGAUCCCCAGCCGCAGCCGCAGCCAACUCCAGCCCAUGCGCAAAGCUCAUCAAGUAGCAACAGCAACAGCAACAGCAGUUUGCUGCCACAAGCUCAGGGGCGGCCGUCGCAGGACGAAGCGACCACGAUCGCCGCUCUCGACGCUCUCACGUUACUGUUUGUGCGCAUACCAGAUGCAAAACAACGUCAAUUGCACCCAAGACUGCCGCUCAUGCCACCACUAGGACAUUGCGUCUAUAUCGUGCUCGAGCUCGCGGCGACACAUCGCAACAUGCACGUCCAAGUGAAGGCGCUGAAUGUGAUUGAAUUGCUUCUCAAGGGCAUGGAUGACGCUGCGUUGCUUUUGCCAUUUCUGCCGGGCUUGUCGAGCCAGUUAUGCAAGGCUGCAACAGGCAACGUGCUUCAAAAUCACAACGUGACUGUUGCGGCUCUGCAAAGUCUUGGCCUGUCACUCGCCAAGCUGUUUGGAGAUCGCGCCAACGCCACCGUGCUAGAAAGCGUGAAGACGAGUGCGACAGCAGCUGGGGCAUUAUCCCAGCUGCAAGCCCUCGCAACUUCGGUGGCCGACGCUGGCCAACUUCCCACGGACGACCCGCCUCAGAACGAGAGCCCCACAGCCUCUCGCGAUCCUAGCGGUCGGCCGACCUCAAUGCCCAUGGUUUCACGAACCCUUACGUGGUUUGUGACCGCCGCAGGAAAGCUGUGCGCGGUUGUAACGCGUGUCUGUUCCACCCUCUCUGCACACUCUUCUCCCGAGAUUCGGUUUGCGAUGGUCACUUUCUGCGAUCGCCUUCUGACAGAUUGCUUUUUUUCCUUGGAGAAAGUCAUGCCGUCGCUCAUCGAUGCCCUGGUCGGCUUGACCGUCGACGACUUUCCAUUCGUCGCCGAAGUCGCGCAGCAAGCCGUGGAAGCCUGCGAAGUUGCGUUGAACGCCGGUUCCAAGUCACGUGCGCUGUCCUCCAUGCUCGAGGAAAACACCUUCCAAACUCUAACUUCUCUGCCUCGGUUGAUCCGUGGGUUGGACGACAAGAAGCAGUUGCUUGCGCUGAGUCGCUUGCUGGGCUACUUUACCAUCCAGAAACAACACAUGGCUGACUUGUUUAAUUCCCAAGCAGUUCUAGAUCGAUUAACAGUAGCUUUGUGCGAGGUGCUCGAGUUUGCGGACGACGAUCUGGCCCUCAUCCAAGAAGGCGCCGAUGCUUCACAAUACAACGAACAGACCAUCAUUCCCGCAGCUCUUGCCGUGCACACGACUGUCGAUGUGCAGAUGCAGCUCGCAAGUCCGUUCCGGAAACGGUUUGUGCACUUCACCAGCCCGGCAAUUCUGACAACCGUCCAACGCCUUUGCUGGCUCCUAGGACAGCACGGAGGAGCUCACGCGCUGGUGGAGCAUUUUGCCACUGCGCUUCAGAAGCAGGCCAAGUCGCAUAACUCGACGCUCUUCCGGUCGACGCAACUCCAGCUUGUGCUCAUUUUGAACGAGCUGCUCGUGGGAGUAGCCAAAUCCGACCUCCCCACAGAGGAGGGGCUCCGAAUACGGCGCCGGGUUCUUGAUUUGUAUCUGACGGAGGACGUUUGGCGUGGGGCAAGUGAGCUCGAGCCAUUUGAAGACCUGUUUGAGGCCUCGAGCGCGAACGCCAGCGAAAGCAGCAGAACUUCCGAGCUCGAUUCAAGCCAGGGCGAGGCUGACUCCAUCCCAGUCGUUCCUGCGACCAAAGUGCGCCGCCGUGUCGAAGGUACCAUCCUCUCUGCGCUUCUACUGGAGGGAGUGGCGAUGAUUGCGACCGGAUGCGGGCUCGCGUUCAAGGGCGAGAUGCUGAUGGCGGCUGUUUUUCCCAUGGUUGAGCGUCUGGCACACCCCAUUGCCGUCGUUAGUGCGACAUCCGAGUAUUCGUUGCGUGUUGUUUCUUUGGCAUGCGGCUAUCGGAGUACUCAACACAUGAUUUCGGCAAACGCUGAUUAUCUGAUUAACAGCGUUGUGCUAAACUUGCGAUACUUGCAACUCCACCCCGCCACGCCUGUGGUUCUUAGCACCAUGCUCCGCUAUUGCGACGCCAGUAUAUUGGAGCUGCUCCGUGAUUCUCUCGCUGAGGUGUUGGAUGCCAUCGACAACAACCACCACUUGCUAAUGUAUGAAGGAGGUAGUCACAGUCAACAACAACAGCAACAACAACGAGGCUCGCUUUUGGAUGACAACGCUUCAACUUACUUUGGGGAUCAGGCCGUCUCCGUUCGCUACUCGCCGCUACGACCGAGACAGCCUGCCUGGCCCGGGAAUGCGCUUGUCACUCCGCCAUCGCAGUUACUGUCUAUUCUCGCCGCCAUGGUUGGUGCUCUUGCACGGUGGAAGCGAGAGAAGGCGCUUCCUGGGCUGAACGAACCCGUGGCGGGCGUAAAGCCAACACUGGUGGCCAACCCCAGCAGCAAUCCGACCGAGCAUGAGCAAGACGAUAGCUCUCCCACAGCCGGCAGACCCGAUACCACACAGGAUGAGCGUGCCGCCAAGUGGCGGGCAGCCAUCCAAGAAAGCAAGCAAAUGCGAGGCAUCUCGUCGGCCGACGGCGGCGGUGACGAGCAGCAAGAGGAAGACGACGAGCACCCGUAUGCCGAUACCGAGCCACCAAAGGUGUUGACACCCAGCCAGAUCAGAGCAGACGUCGCUCUCAAGCUCACCGAAGCCGUACUCGAAAAGUGCGCUCAUUUCAUUCCGAGCUCGUUGCCUCCGGUGCGCAUUGCAAUGCUCAUGGCAGCUCGCGAUGGGAUGCAGGUACUUGCGAGCGACAACACACGCCUCCUGCCGAUGGUGCACAAGUUGUGGGGCAGUGUUUCGCGUCGCUGCAGGGACGAAGACACCGGCGUGCAAGUGGCAGCGUGGCAGUGCGUCUCGGUCAUCUGCGCGCUUGGCGGUGACUUUGCACGGUCUCGGUUUUUGCGCGAAAUUUGGCCAGCCAUGAACUCUGCGCUUUCUUCCCCUGACCGCGCUGGCUGGCGGCCAUUGACAGAGCUUCAGCAACAAGCGCAGCGCGACCAGCUCCAAGUCGGCGCCCGGCGUGGUGGGAAGGGUCUUCUCCUUCCCAAUCAGUCGGACGAUUCCGCGCAGACCCAGUCAAACAGUUCGACCGGCGCAUUCGCUGGGCGGUACUUGAGGACAGCGGCAUACAAGGUGCAUAUUGCCAUGCUUGAGGCUCUGCUCUGCGUGCGGCAUCUGAAGCUCGAGAGUCUUGACGUUGUCGCAAUCGCAUUGGCCUGUCUGCCGUCUCUUGGCGAUCACCAGCCGCACGAAGUGCAGAUGGCGGCCGAAAACGCCCUGGCAGCUCUCAUCGAAGCAGAUGCUGACGCAGUGUGGCAGCUUUUAACUGCCGCUCAUCCCAAGCGACGGACAAUGGUGACCAGCCCAGACGAUUCACCUCCAUGCAUUCUUCCGCUCAACACUGACGCCUUGGAUCGUCUGCUCGCGCGCACAAUCUCUCUCUUCCCCCAAGUAAUGUGA